AACGCGUCCAUGACAUCAUUUGGCUCGCCUCGGCUCGGGAUUUGAAUUCGAAGACUCAAGUCCUCUAACACUAUGAACAAGGAAACCUCGGAUUUGUUCGAGCGAGUGGCGAAGAAAAUGGGCUGGACCGAUGAUGAUGCACUGGUCUCCUCAGAGAAGAAGCUGAUGACAACAAUCGGGAAGAGCCGACAUGCUGCCACCAGUGGCGGGUCCCUGAAUGGCCUGUCUUCUCUGCUGGAGCGAGAUGAUGCUCAGGACAAGGAGAAUCGCUUCUCUGGGGGAGUCUUGUCCAGACACGCUGCGGAGACUGACUCCAGUGACGAUGACUUUGACCAGUUUCUUACAGAAAAGGCUACUCCAAAGUCCUCCACAAAAAAGCCAUGCAGUGCUGCAAAGAAAACUGGUCCUGUAAUUCAUGUGGUGAGCUCUGACGACGAUGAUGAUGAUGGUUUCGAAAAAUUUCUACAGAAGGUCAAGACGCCUGUCAGCAAGUGGAGGAAGCAGUCAGGAAGUGGGAGCGAUGACAGCCUUAAAAACUUCAUUGUGGGAGACGCCUUGUCCGAUGAUGACGACUUUGUCAUGCCGAAAUCUUCCACGAAAGUUCCCAAGAAGAUCCACACGCCAUCGUCGCAGCCAACCUUUCGAAAACCGCUCGCCCAGUUUCACUCGCCAGUGUUUGUCAGCGAUAGCGACGACGACGAUGCCAUCGUUGUCAAAAGUACCUGGAGGACGCGUCACUCCAAGCCCAAGUGUGCGACAGAGACUAGCAGGAGUCAGGUUCCAUCGUUUGAGGAGACGGAGACGCCUUCACCGUUGUUGCCUCCACUGUCCUCCUUCUCCUUUCCCACCGACAACACUCCAAACACUUCCAGACGACCAGGGUCUGCUCCCACGAAACUGGACGAGUCGUCCAGCUCAGAAGAUGAGUUUUCAUCAUUACUGGAGAGACUCAAGAAGAAGAAGAACGCUCUCCCUUCCGCUUCAUGCAGCCCAAACAUCUUCAAAGCUCCCCCUCCAAAGGCUGUUGUGACUUCAGACCUGCUUCCAAGACCUCAGACCUCAGAUGUCAGGUCCACAUCUGUGAAACCUCUCAGUCAGUCGGAGCCUCGCAACCCCUCCAGCAGCAGGCUAACGUGCAAAACCCCUGGCUGCUUCCUGCAGGCCUUGUCCGACCCCGGCUCCAGUUUCCAACGCAGCUUCAAGCAGAAGAGGGAGGACCUCACCGCCAAGCUGUACCAGCUUUACAACACCAGCGUGUUCGACAGCAAGGUAUGGCGCCGAGCGCUUUGUCACCGCCGCGUCGAUUCUUUUCUAUUUCCAACGUCCCGCAGCUUCCUGCCGACAUGUCCGUCACGUGGAACAAGAAGAUGCGUAAAACAGCAGGCUACUGCGUCUCAGGGCAGGAGCGAGGGGGCGGCAGACGAUACGCCCGCAUCGAGCUCUCCGAAAAAGUGUGUGACUCGGCUGAGGAGACACAUGAAUGAGCGGAAAGAAGGAAGGCAGCCAGUGAGGUGGAUGGUUGACAUGAUGAAGAUAGGUGUGGCCAGGGAGAGAAGCUCAGACCGCCUCAGGGACACGCUGAUCCACGAGAUGUGUCAUGCAGCUACUUGGCUAAUAAACGGUGUCAGGGACGGGCACGGAAACUUCUGGAAACUUUACGCACGGAAAUCCACUCUGGCACACCCGGAGCUCCCCAUGGUCACUCGCUGUCACAGCUACGACAUCAAGUACAAGUUCCAGUACCAGUGCGUCCGCUGCCAGAACACGAUCGGCCGCCACUCCAAGUCUCUGGACACGCAGAAGUUUGCGUGCGCCCUCUGCAUGGGUCAGCUGGUUUUGCUGACCCCCUCUAAGCCGCGUGCUCCCACGCCUUUUGCCAACUUCGUGAAGGAGAACUAUGGCACCACGCGACAGGAGAUGGCUGGACAAUCUCACGCCGAGGUGAUGCGGAAGCUCAGCGCAGACUUCGCCACUAAGACGAGGCUGAGUCAGAGCUAAGCCCAGGUGAUCACAAGCAUCCAGGUGUGCUCCACUCGGGGCGUCUGAACUCCCGCUAAGAUGUGAACUUUUAUAUGGUUUCUACGUGUCUUCCUUUCUCAUGACAUUCAAGCGCGUCUACAGCCAGGCAUAGUUCAAGCUGUAGUUCUGUUUUUGGCAACUGUUGUCUACUGCAUAUUACUGCACUCUGCUUUAAA